CCAGCACAAAUUCCUUCCUAGUCGCAACAAUGGCCGCCGAAGUGCAACAAAUACAGCCGCUGAAGCUUCCUAGAGCUCCUGCGACCGCGACUGCUGAAGAAAAAUACUGGCAGUCCUUCAGCUCUACCAUUCAACUCGACCCCUCGCAACAUUCAUCGCCUGUCACGCAUAUAUCUUACCCACCACCACCGCCUUCGAAUCUCACUGUUUCCGCGCAGGAUCUGUUCGCGGUGACCACCGGGUCUCGAGUGCAAAUCUUCUCUUCCAAGACUCGAAAGGCUGUGAAGACCAUCAAUCGUUUCGGUGUAGACGACAUUGCACAUUCGGGCAACAUCAGAAGAGAUGGACGGGUCAUAGUAGCUGGUGGAGACAGCGGAGCGAUUCAGGCAUUCGACUUGAAUAGUCGUGCGAUCCUGAAGACAUGGCGCGAACAUAAGCAGCCCGUUUGGCGGACCGAGUGGAACCCUUCGGCCUUGACCGAAUUGAUGAGUUGCUCGGACGACAGGACGGUGCGAACCUGGGAUCUUCCAAGUGACAAGAGCAUCACUACUUUCAACGGCCAUCAGGAUUAUGUGCGCACUGGUACAUACAUGCCUGGACAGAGCGGAUUGAUAGUCACCGGAAGUUACGAUCAAACAGUUCGACUAUGGGACGCAAGAGCAGGAGGAAACGCAGUAAUGGUGUUUAAGCACGCAGCUGUAGUGGAAUCUGUGCUUCCAAUGCCAUCCGGAACAACAGUUUUGGCGGCAGCGGACAACACUGUUAGCGUUCUGGAUAUCGUCGCUGCGAAGCCGGUGCACCUUCUCCGAAACCACCAAAAGACGGUCACAAGUCUAUCGCUUGCUGGUAAUGGCGAGCGGCUCCUUACUGGAGCUCUUGACGGCCACGUGAAGGUGUUUGAAACCACAGGAUGGAACGUGGUCGCCGGCAUGAAGUAUCCUUCGCCCAUUCUGUCGCUCAGCGUGAUCAGCUCUCGCAACGAAGACAAGCAUAUUGCCGUUGGUAUGCAAUCCGGUCUCCUCUCCAUUAAGACACGGUUGUCUGGCGAACAAAAGGUCAAGGCUCGCGAACGUGAGAAGGAAAUGAAGGCUUUGCUCGAAGGUCGUAUUGAAGAGUACGACAGGGUCAAGAAGAGGAAGCGCGGAAAGGGUUGGGAAGCGCGGAUAAGAGGAAAAGACUUCAGGGGCGAAGGUGCAGAUAUUAUAAUUGACGGAAAUGCAAGAGGCAAGAUCAACGAGCUGGCUCCUUGGGGAAAGGCACUGCGAACGGGACAAUACGCGCGAGCGCUUGACUUGGUUCUUGAGACUCCUGAGGGCAAUGCACGUACUCAAAUAACUACAGUUCUUACCGCGCUAAUCCACCGCUCCGCUCUACGCACAGCGCUGCAGAACCGCGAUGAAGUCACGCUCCAGCCGAUCCUUCGCUACCUGAUCAAGAGCAUUUCCGACUACCGAAUCACUCGACUCGUCACAGACGUCGCACUACAGGUCCUCGAUCUCUAUGCCGAGCAUCUAGGACGGAGUCCGGAGGUGGACAUGUUGAUUGAAAACCUGAUGCAGAGAGUCAAGGUCGUGGUGGAAGCGAGCCAGGUGGCAUGGAGUGUGCUAGGGAUGAUCGAUAUGCUCGUCGCGGGUCGAGAGGCAAAUGGGGCAGAAACCGCUAUCACAGCGGCGGAAUCGUAGAUGUCUCUCUUGCUCGCACGGCUUCUUCAUACAUUGCAUAGCGUUGGCGUAAUUUGCGUAUUGGAUCUUCCUAGGUUAAAAGUGUAUCUUGCAGAUGGUCUGAAUAGAUUUGUAUAGCACAAUUGAGCAAGCUGGAUCAAGAAUGAGGGUGGUAGUGGUUGGCUUCGAAUGGUGGUAUAUUGUGCAAACAAGCCUUUCUCGGAGCCCGCAGUUCAUGUGUCUUUCGUAGACCCAAUGCACUUGUAUAUCACAAAACGCAAAUACAUAU